AUGGGACGUGGACUUGGUACGUGGACGUGGACGUGGACGUGGACAUGGACAUGGACGUGGACAUGGACAUGGACGUGGACCGUGGACGUGGACAUGGAACGUGACGGGGACGUGGACGUGGACGUAGAAAUGGACGUGGACGUGGACGUGGACGUGGACGUGGACAUGGACGUGGACGUGGACGUGGACGUGGACGUCGAAGGAGGACGUGGACGUGGACCUGGACCUGGACGUGGACCUCGACGUAGACAUGACGUGGACGGUGACGUGGACGUGAGGGGCGUGGACGUGGACAUGGACGUGGACGUGGAAGUGGACGUGGACGUGGACAGUGGACGUGGACACGUGGACGUGGAAAUGGACGUGGACGUGGACGUGGACGUGGACGUGGAUGUGGACGUGGAAAAUGGACGUGGACGUGGACGUGGACGUAGAAAGACGUGGACGUGGACGUGGAACGUGGACGUGGACGUGGACGUCGAAGUGGACGUGGACGUGGACCUGGACCUGGACGUGGACGUAGACAUGGACGUAGCCUUGGACUUGGACGUGGACGUGGACGUGGACGUGGACGUGGACAUGGACGUGGACGUGGACAUGGACGUGGACGUGGACGUGGAAGUGGACGUGGACACCAUGGACGUGGACGUGGACGUGGACGUGGACGUGGACAUGGACGUGGACGUGGACGUGGUCGUGGACGUGGACGUGGACAUGAACGUGGACGUGGUCGUGGUCGUGGACGUGGACGUGGACGUGGGCGUGGUCAUGGACGUGGACGUGGACAUGGACUUGGUCGUGGUCGUGGACAUGGACGUGGACGUGGAGGACGUGGACGUGGAAGACGUGGACGUGGACGUGGAGGACGUGGACGAGGACGUGGAGGACGUGGACGUGGACGGGACGUGGACGUGGAAGUGGACGUGGAGGUGGACGUGGACCUUGGACGUGGACCUGGACGUGGACCUGGACGUGGACCUGGACGAGGACGUAGACAUGGACGUGGCCUUGGACGUGGACGUGGACGUGGACGUGGACGUGGACCGUGGACAUGGACGUGGACACGUGGACGUGGACGUGGACGUAGAAUUGGACGUGGACGUGGACGUGGACGUGGACGUGGACGUGGACGUGGACGUAGACGUGGACGUGGACGUAGACAUGGACGUGGACAUGGAUGUGGACGUGGACGUGGACGUGGACGUGGACGUGGACGUAGAAAUGGACGUGGACGUACAAAUGGACGUGCACGUGCACGUGGACCUGGACGUGCACGGGGACGUGGUGUGUGGACGUGGACGUGGACGUGGACGUGAACGUGGUCGUGGUCGUGGACGUGUCAUGGUCGUGGACGUGGACAUGGACGUGGACGUGGUCAUGGACGUGGACGUGGACAUGGACGUGGUCGUGGUCGUGGACAUGGACGUGGACGUGGUCUUGGACGUGGACGUGGACGACGUGGACGUGGAGGACGUGGACGAGGACGUGGAGGACGUGGACGAGGACGUGGAGGACGUGGACGUGGACGUGGAUGUGGUCGUGGACGUGGACGUGGACUUGGACGUGGACGUGGACCUGGACGUGGACCUAGACGUGGACCUGGACGUGGACGUGGACGUGGACGUGGAAGUGGACGUGGACGGGAUAAUGGACGUGGACGUGGACGUGGACGUGGACGUGGACAUGGACGUGGACGUGGACGUGGACGUGGACGUCGAAGUGGACGUGGACGUGGACCUGGACAUGGACGUGGACCUGGAUGUAGACAUGGACGUGGACGUGGACGUGGACGUGGACAUGGACGUGGACGUGGAAGUGGACGUGGACAAAUGGACGUGGAAGUGGACGUGGACGUGGACGUGGACGUGGAAAUGGACUGUGGACGUGGACGUGGACGUCGAAAUGGACGUGGACGUUAGAAAUGGACGUGGACGUGGACGUGGACAUGGACGUGGACGUGGACGUGGACAUGGACAUGGACGUGGACAUGGACAUGGGACGUGGACGUGGACAUGGACGUGGAACGUGGACGUGGACGUAGAAAUGGACGUGGACGUGGACGUGGACGUGGACAUGGACAUGGACGUGAUGGACGUGGACGUGGACGUCGAAGUGGACGUGGACGUGGACCUGGACCUCGACGUGGACCUGGACGUAGACAUGGACGUGGACGUGGACGUGGACGUGGACGUGGACAUGGACGUGGACGUGGAAGUGGACGUGGACGUGGACGUAGAAAUGGACGUGGACGUGGACGUGGACGUGGACGUGGACAUGGACGUGGACGUGGAAGUGGACGUGGACGUGGACGUAGAAAUGGACUGUUGGACGUGGACGUGGACGUGGACGUGGACGUGGACGUUGAAAUGGACGUGGACGUGGAAAUGGACGUGGACGUGGACGUGGAUGUCGAAAUGGACGUGGACGUGGACGUGGACGUGGACGUGGACGUGA